AUGGGCAGUGGAGCCAGCUCUGAGAGCAAGGAAUCAGCCAGGAGAUCCAGGGAACUGGAAAAGAAACUCCAGGCAGAUGCAGCGAGGGAAGCCAGGACAGUCAAACUACUGCUCUUGGGUGCUGGAGAGUCAGGAAAGAGCACUAUUGUAAAGCAAAUGAAGAUCAUCCAUAAAGAUGGUUUCACCUACCAGGAACGCAUGGAGUUCAGACCCGUCAUUUACAGUAACACAGUGCAGUCUAUCCUGUCUAUUGUGAAAGCAAUGACCAAUUUAGGAAUCAGUUACGAAAACCCAGCUAGAAUUGAAGAUGAAAGGAAGCUGUGUGCCAUGGCAACAACGCUGGAGGAUGGCGACAUGUCUUCUGAAUUGGUUGAACUCAUCAAACAAGUGUGGCGCGACGGCGGGACGCAGGCCUGCUUCGCAAGGGCGGCGGAGUACGAGCUCAACGACUCGGCAGCCUAUUAUCUCAACGAUUUGGACAGGUUAGCAAGGCCGGACUACGUGCCCAGUGAGCAGGAUGUUUUGCACUCCCGAGUGAAAACAACUGGGAUUAUAGAGACUCAGUUUUCCUUCAAGGAUUUGAACUUCAGGAUGUUUGAUGUGGGUGGACAGCGAUCAGAGAGAAAAAAGUGGAUUCACUGCUUUGAGGGAGUUACUUGCAUCAUAUUCUGUGCUGCACUCAGUGCCUAUGACAUGGUUCUGGUGGAAGAUAAAGAAGUGAACAGAAUGCAUGAAAGCCUUCAGCUGUUCAACAGCAUCUGCAACCACAAGUGUUUUGCAGCCACUUCCAUUGUGCUGUUCCUAAACAAAAAAGACCUCUUUCGAGAGAAAAUAGCAAAAGUUCAUCUGAGUAUCUGCUUUCCUGAGUAUAGUGGACUAAAUACAUUUGAAGAUGCUGGAAAUUACAUCAAGAAACAAUUCCUAGACUUGAACAUAAGGAAACAAGAUAAAGAGAUAUAUUCUCACUUGACGUGUGCCACAGACACCCAGAAUGUCAAGUUUGUAUUUGAUGCAGUCACAGACAUAAUAAUCAAAGAAAAUCUGAAAGACUGUGGGCUUUUCUAG